UUUGUUCGCUCUCUGGCCGCUGCGCUUUCCUGGCGCUCGGCUCCUCUCGGCUGGGCUCGGCUCGCCUUGGCAGGGCUCCACGGGGCUCGGCUCCGCUCCGCUCGGCUCCUCUCGCCUCCGCCCCUGUUCGGCUCGGCUCCGCUCCGCUCGGCUGCCUCCUGGCUCGGCUCGGCUCCGCUCGGCUCGACUCGGCUCGGCUCCGCCUCAGGGCGCGCAGGCUGAAGAAGCCCGGCUUACUGGAUCGGCCCCUCCCUCUGUCCCCUUCUGGCUGUCGAUCGUGUGCGAGGCCCGGACUCGGAGCGCAGAGACCGGGUUAGGGUAGCGGCGUGCGAGGACCGGCGCAGCAUCCUCGUUUCCGGGGGGACGCGCGCGAGCGCGCGGACCGAGGAGAGGCCAAGGGGUGUCGGGUCCUGGUGGCUGCUGGAGCGCCAAGGUGACCAAGGAUGGCAGGGAGGAUGUGACCGCCAUCUGCCUUCGUCUGCCCUCCUCGUGGCACCACCAUGCAGAAGCCCAGUGGGCUGAAGCCCCCUGGCCGAGGGGGCAAGCACUCGAGUCCCGUGGGCAGGCCGUCCAUUGGGUCAGCUUCAUCCUCGGUGGUGGCAUCAGCCAGUGGCUCCAAGGAAGGGUCUCCCCUGCACAAGCAGGCCUCGGGCCCCUCCUCGGCUGGAGCCACCAGCGCGGUCUCUGAGAAGCCGAAGGCAGCUGAAGUGGGUGAUGACUUCCUGGGGGACUUUGUGGUGGGCGAAAGGGUGUGGGUGAAUGGUGUGAAGCCGGGCGUGGUGCAGUACCUGGGGGAGACCCAGUUUGCGCCAGGCCAGUGGGCCGGCGUGGUCUUGGACGACCCGGUGGGCAAGAACGAUGGCGCCGUGGGGGGCGUGCGCUACUUCGAGUGCCCGGCUCUGCAGGGCAUCUUCACGCGGCCCUCCAAGCUGACCCGCCAGCCCACAGCUGAGGGCUCGGGCAGCGACGCCCACUCCGUGGAAUCCCUCACUGCCCAGAACCUGUCCUUGCAUUCGGGCACCGCCACGCCCCCGCUCACCAGCCGCGUCAUCCCCCUGCGGGAGAGUGUUCUUAACAGCUCCGUGAAGACAGGCAAUGAGUCUGGCUCCAACCUGUCCGACAGCGGGUCUGUGAAGCGUGGUGACAAGGACCUCCACCUGGGAGACCGUGUGCUGGUUGGUGGGACGAAGACCGGCGUGGUACGAUACGUCGGGGAGACGGACUUUGCCAAAGGCGAGUGGUGUGGCGUGGAGCUGGAUGAGCCCCUCGGGAAGAACGAUGGGGCUGUGGCCGGCACCAGGUAUUUCCAGUGCCCACCCAAGUUCGGUCUCUUUGCACCCAUCCACAAGGUCAUCCGAAUUGGCUUCCCGUCUACCAGCCCAGCCAAGGCCAAGAAGACCAAACGAAUGGCUAUGGGUGUCUCGGCCUUGACCCACAGUCCCAGCAGCUCUUCCAUCAGCUCCGUCAGCUCCGUGGCCUCCUCCGUGGGCGGCCGGCCCAGCCGUAGUGGUCUGCUCACGGAGACCUCUUCACGCUACGCCCGGAAGAUCUCAGGCACCACAGCCCUGCAGGAAGCCCUGAAGGAGAAGCAGCAGCAUAUCGAACAGCUGCUGGUGGAGCGUGACUUGGAGAGGGCCGAAGUGGCCAAGGCCACCAGCCACAUCUGCGAGGUGGAGAAGGAAAUCGCCCUGCUGAAGGCACAGCAUGAGCAGUAUGUUGCAGAAGCCGAGGAGAAGCUGCAGCGGGCGCGGUUGCUGGUGGAGAACGUGAGGAAGGAGAAGGUGGACCUGUCCAAUCAGCUGGAGGAGGAGAGGAGGAAGGUGGAAGACCUGCAGUUCCGGGUGGAAGAAGAAUCCAUCACCAAAGGAGACUUGGAGACCCAGACCCAGCUGGAGCACGCGCGCAUUGGGGAGUUGGAGCAGAGUCUGCUUUUGGAGAAGGCGCAGGCCGAGCGGCUGCUCAGAGAAUUAGCGGAUAACAGGCUAACCACGGUGGCCGAGAAGUCUCGGGUACUGCAGCUAGAGGAAGAGCUGAGCCUGCGGCGCGGCGAGAUCGAAGAGCUGCAGCACUGUCUCCUCCAGUCGGGCCCGCCACCCCAGGACCACCCGGAGGCCGCUGAGACCCUGCGGCUGCGUGAGCGGCUGCUGUCGGCCAGCAAGGAGCACCAGCGAGACAGCACCCUGCUGCAGGACAAGUAUGAGAAGAUGCUAAAGACCUACCAGGCCGAGGUGGACAAGCUCCGGGCGGCCAAUGAGAAGUACGCGCAGGAGGUGGCGGACCUCAAGGCCAAGGUCCAGCAGGCCACCAGCGAGAACAUGGGACUCAUGGACAACUGGAAAUCCAAGCUGGACUCGCUGGCCUCCGAUCACCAGAAGUCCCUGGAGGACCUGAAAGCCACGCUGAACUCCGGCCCAGGCGCCCAGCAGAAGGAGAUUGGAGAGCUAAAGGCCCUGGUGGAGGGCAUCAAGAUGGAGCACCAGCUGGAGUUGGGCAACCUGCAGGCCAAGCACGACUUGGAGACAGCCAUGCACGGGAAGGAGAAGGAGGGCCUGCGGCAGAAGCUGCAGGAGGCCCAGGAGGAGCUGGCGGGGCUGCAGCAACACUGGAGGGCGCAGCUGGAGGAGCAGGCCAGCCAGCACCGGCUGGAGCUACAGGAAGCACAGGACCAGUGUCGCGACGCCCAGCUGCGCGUGCAGGAGCUGGAGGGACUGGAUGCGGAGUACCGUGGCCAGGCGCAGGCCAUAGAGUUCCUCAAAGAGCAGAUCUCACUGGCCGAGAAGAAGAUGUUGGAUUAUGAGGUGCUGCAGAGGGCGGAAGCCCAGAGCAGGCAGGAGGCAGAGCGGCUGCGGGAAAAGCUUCUGGUUGCCGAGAAUAGACUCCAGGCCGCCGAGUCCCUGUGCUCAGCCCAGCACAGCCAUGUGAUCGAGCCCAAUGACCUUUCUGAGGAGAAGAUUCGGAUGAAGGAGACUGUGGAGGGCCUGCAGGACAAACUGAACAAGAGGGACAAAGAGGUGACAGCCUUGACAUCCCAGAUGGACAUGCUCAGGGACCAAGUAAGUGCCCUGGAGAACAAGUGUAAAUCAGGAGAGAAGAAGUUGGAUUCAGUCCUGAAGGAAAAGAGGCGUCUGGAGGCGGAGCUGGAGGCCGUGUCUCGGAAGACCCAUGAUGCCUCGGGCCAGCUGGUCCACAUUAGCCAGGAGUUGCUACGGAAGGAGCGGAGUCUGAAUGAGCUGAGGGUGUUGCUGCUGGAAGCCAACCGCCACUCGCCAGGGCCCGAGAGAGACCUGAGCCGUGAGGUGCACAAGGCCGAAUGGCGGAUAAAGGAACAGAAAUUGAAGGACGACAUCCGGGGCCUGCGUGAAAAGCUGACGGGGCUGGACAAGGAGAAGUCCCUGUCCGAGCAGAGACGCUACUCCCUCAUUGACCCGGCCUCGGCGCCCGAGCUGCUCCGGUUGCAGCACCAGUUGGUGAGCACGGAGGAUGCCCUGCGGGACGCGCUGGACCAGGCCCAGCAGGUGGAGAGGCUGGUGGAGGCUCUUAGGGGCUGCUCAGACAGGACUCCGACCAUCGGCAAUUCCGGUUCUGCCAACGGCAUCCACCAGCCAGAGAAGGCCCACAAACAGGAGGACAAACACUGACCCCAAGGAACACCACGGAUGGACCGGCCCCAUUCACACCAGAGCCCUGCCAGGCUUCCCAGCAGCUCCACCUCCAGGCAGGAGCCAGAACUGUCUCCUUGGAGAUAAGACUAUGUUUGUAUUGUCCUCACAGCUGUGGACAAUUCCCAUCUGAACCCCCUGCCGGACCAGGAGGCUCCCACAGACACGGCCUUCCACAGAGUGCGGUACAGCUGGGCCUGGCCCCGGAGAACCUCUCUUGUCCCAAGGCGCUUCUGGAAUUUGCAGAGGCUGAAGCGAUCCAGUCAGGCCUCUCUUGGCUAUCGCAGGCCGCUCUGAGGCUUGUCUGGGGCACCUGGGUACUUGCCUGCCCCCCUUUCCUUUGGUGUCCCCAGGUCCCCUGCAGGCCUCUGAAGGGUGCAGCAGGGCCCCUGCUUGGACACAUUCACACUGAGAAGGGCUUCAGUCUUCAGAAACUAGGGAGGGCAUUCUUGACUCCACGUGCGAGCCUCUUGUACACAUCGGUACAAGGUCCCGUGGGCCUCUUUAGCCAGGGAAGAUUUGGGGGUGACAGGCUCCUUCUUGCUCAACACCAAGCUAGUAUGCAUACUCACCUCCUACCUGCUGCCCGGAAACCAUCGAGCAGACGGCUACAGUAUUCGGUGAGCACACAAACCCAUCCUUCCUCCCACCUUUGACCUUGAGCCAGGCCUGGCGCUUGGGGCUUGGAGCCAAGCAAGAACAGGUACAAAACUCUUUAAACAAAGCAUCCAGAUGGUGUUUUGCUGGGGGUGGGUGGGGGAAAGAGAGAGAAGUCGAACUGGUUCCCCUUUAUUUCUGGGAGCCCCUGCCAUGUUACUCCAAAGACCCCAGCAACCCACGGAGGGCCCUGCUCCUAAUCUUCCCAGUGGGUGACAGCUAUGGUAAGUCAUAAGGAUGGCCCAGGUGGCCUCUGUGAGCACCACCCGGGCACCAGCAGGUGUCACUCACGCUCUUGCCCGUUGGGGGGCAGUUGAAUUAGCCCCUCCACCGUCCUUUCUGCUUCCUGUUGGCUUUUGGGUAGCAUCGCCUUUAACCAAACAGCAGCCUAGAGCCCAGAAUUGCUGCUUUAGUGGUCUAACUACAGGGCCAAAUAUUGCUUUUUCCAGCACAAUCGAGCGGCUCACGGAUUAGGGACUAACGGCCAAAGGCUCCCACAGUAGGGACCGGCAGGGGCUGAGCCCCACCCUGGAGUGGACUUGCACCGGGUAGGUGUGCGAGAAGCCAUUUCCCCACAAGCACUGGCCUUUGAAGGCCCCCUCAGCCUACCUGGUGGGGCCACCCAGCUGUGGCUCAGCCAUCCCCUCCCGUAACCCGCCCCCGCCCCCCCCCCCCCCCCAGU